AUGAAGAAGCAGCGCUCCGAGUACUGGGGAGGCCCAGAGCCCCUGGCUUCCCCGCACCACCACCAGCAGAGGGGCGGGCGGGUCAUCGCUAAACUGGCGGAGGUGAGGCUGGGCUAGGCUUUCGCUCUUGUGGGGGGUGAGGGAGGAUCGUAAUAGCUCAGGGGUGGAGCAGCUGCUUGGCAUGCAGAAGGUCCCAGGUUAAAUCUCCGCUGGCAGCAUCUCCCCAGGUGGGGCUGGGAGGGAUCCCUGCCUGAAAUCAUGGCGAACCACUGCUGACAGUCAGUGUAGGCAACACUGACUCAGUAUAAGGCAGCUUUAUGGGGGGGGGCAGUGGGUACAGCAUUUGCUCUGCAUGCAGAAGGUCUCAGGCUCAAUUCCAAGCCAGGUAAAACCUUAGUCUGGAAUGCAGGAGAGCCACCGCUGCCAGUCAGUGUAGACAGUACUGAGCUACAUGGAUGGCAGCUGUCUAGGUGUCUAUGAAAGAGAGGACUUGGGAGGGCAGGGCAGGGCGGGGAGAGGUUGUGGGGUAGAGGGGCUGAUCUAGAUCCUGCCUGCCUUGAUCCCAUGGCCAGGUAUCUGGAAAGUGAGCAGGGUUGGGCCAUUAUUCCCUCCUCUGUUGCCUUGCCUGGCUUUGCAGGGGCACCUGUGCCCACGAAAGCAGCCCAUGGCUCCACCUCCCUCUCAGCCUGGGUGGAAGCCUGCUUUGCUGCUCAGCCCACUCCCCUGAAAACCUUAAGGUAAAGGGACCCCUGACCAUUAGGUCCAGUUGUGGCCGACUCUGGGGUUGCGGUGCUCAUCUCACUUUAUUGGCUGAGGGAGCCGGCAUACAGCUUCUGGGACAUGUGGCCAGCAUGAUUAAGCCGCUUCUGGCAAACCAGAGCAGCGCACGGAAACGUCGUUAACCUUCCCGCCGGAGCGAUACCUAUUUAUCUACUUGCACUUGAUGUGCUUUCGAACUGCUAGGCUGGCAGGAGCAGGGACCGAGCAACGGGAGCUCACCCCGUUGCGGGGAUUCGAACCACCAACCUUCUGAUCGGCAAGUCCUAGGCUCUGUGGUUUAACCCACAGCACCACCCUCGUCCCAUCUGAAAACCUUGCAAAGGAUCAAAGGAGAGGAAGGGAGAAUCCCAAAGAAAUGAGAGGGCCACCCCUAGCUCAGCAGCUAGUCUAAGGAGUUUGUCAGAACCCUCCCUUUUUUGCAAGGGUUGAGGUUUGAGGUGCAUCUCCCUUAAUUGCUCCCCAGAGGCUUCAUCUUCCCAGGUCCUCCCUGGUGUUCCGCGUGGGUCCUUAGAAGGGCUCCCCAGGGUAUUCUCUUCUCUCACUUUCCUCCUUCCCUUGCCAACAGUAUGUGGGCUCCUUUACCGUCGAGGACGCGGAGCUCCAGCAAAAGGCUCUGGCUAUCCAGCAGCAGCUUCAGCGCCUGAAGGUAAGCGGUCAGAGCUGGUUGUGGCCACAUUAGCCCUCUGCACGUGCUUAGAGGCACUAGCCUCAAUGCUUCUUCCCCCUAUUUGGCAGGAUCAUUACUCUGGCACUGUGAAACCAGCUCUGGCUCUGAGCAUGCUAGUAAGCCCCAAAAAUUCUAGAGGUGCAGGGAGCAAAAGGGAAUUGUCUCUGCUCGGAAUCUUUGUGUGUCCAAAAGAGCCAAGCGAGUCUCCUUGGUGUGCCAUCUCUGACUCGGUUUCUCCUUUUCUCCAUCUCUCAUCCUGCUCUCCCGGAACACAGGACUGCCCCAGGCGGCGAUCCGUCGUCCUCAAGUUUUGCCUGCAGGGUCUGAAGAUGUACAACGCAGAGGGGGAGGUAGGAGUGGGGCCAGGGCUUGAUGCACGACAGCAUGCCGGAACUAGGAGCCAUCUUGCCUUAUGAGGAGUUAACUGGGGCUUGUGCCAGGCUGGGUGGGGGUCCUGUUUUGUUUUCAGGCUGGCCCACCUUGCUAGGGUGUGGUGAGGAUAUCCUGAGGACGGGGGAGCCGGAGAGGCCUUCUCUGCUUGGAUGAGGCAGUGGUUGUUUGGUGAGGACGUGGGUUGCCAACUGCUUGACCUCAUUGCCCCUUCCUCCUCCUCUUCUCCUGCAGGCUCUGCUUAUGGCACAUGCCCUCAAGCGCAUCCUGUAUAGCACCUGGAUACCCACUGAGUGCCAGUUUGCCUUUGUGGCCCGCAACCCGCGCAGCCCUCGCAGCAGCCUCUUCUGCCACUUGUUUGUGGGCAGCCAGCCCAGUGAGGUAGGCCAGCUGGUGGGACAGAGGUAUAGCAUCUCCGACAGUGGAGGAGAAAUACAGCCACCCUGAACAGCAGUCAUUGCUGAACUUAUCAUCCAUUCAUCCAUGAAUUUGCCUUACCCACUAGAGGAUGAACAUUCUAUAACCGGUGAAGUCACCACCAAGAAGGCCCUGCCUCUUGCCCCCAGAAAUAGCGAGCACCAUUGGUCGCCAUGAAAACUUGGAGAGCACUAAUUCUGCUGCCCUAUGAAGGGAGAGGUUUAGUGCCUGCUCCUCUCCUGACAGAAAUGUGCCACUCAGGAGUGAAGCUGCUUUCAGCCAUUGCCUGGAAGGGGAACGGGGGGCUGGGGGGCUGGUGGUGGCUAAUGUGCCUCCUGCAUUUUCUGCCCUACAGGUCCAGAUUUUGCACUUCUUGCUCUGCCGCUCCUUCCAGCUCUACUAUCUCCUGAUGCAUCCUGAGGACCAAGAAUGGCUCCCCAGUGGUUCCACACAGCAGGAGCCUGGGAGGCUGCUGGGAGCCUCUCUGGAUAACCGGGUGGCCUGGGAGUCCCUUGAUCCGGAGGAUGUAUCUCAAAACGUCAAUGCGUUGGUGUCCUUCCGGAGGCUUCCGUGCCCUGCUGACUUUGGCCCCUCCAUCAGUGUGGUAAGUGAGCCCAGCUGCACCUGGCAGUGGAAGGAAGGCCUCUUACCUCUCCCUGCCAACGGCAUCUCCAGGUAGGGCUAGAAAAAUACUACCUGCCUGAAACCAUGGAGAGCCACUGCUGCCAGUCAGUGUAGGCAACGCUGAGCUGGAUUGACCAAUGGUCUGAUUCAGUAUAAGGCAGUUUCCUAUGUCCGGAUCGGGAUCAGGAAGAAACCGCCUUCCAAAAGAAGGCUUUCAGUCUGAUCCAGAGUGCCAGGAGGAAAGGUACCACCUGAAUUUAUUCAAGCUGACCUACUGUGCUGGGGUGGAACUUUGAGCCAUCCAGCUUCCCGCUAAACUUUAUUGCCAGCUCCAAAUUCUGCUUCUCCUGCUCAUUGUCCAUCCGUCUCUGUCUCCUAUCCCUAGAGAGAGAGGCUGGAUUUGGAGGAAAGGAGCAGCCUGGGCACCUCUCGCCCGGGGAAUCCAUACUGCUCGCCAAUCCUGGUGCGGAAGAAGGCGAUCCGCAGCAAAACCCUUCGCUCCGGAGCCUAUCGAGGCUGCACCUUCGAGGCUCAGUUGCAGCAGAGCGCCCGAGAGAUGUGUGAGUAUUCGGGGAAUGCAGAAGAUUCUGCUGUUCAGGGAGACAGAAGAGAAUAUCCUGUGCUGCUCUUUCAUCCAUGUUGCAUUCCAGCUAUGUAAAGAGCUUCUCUUUAUUUCCAAGUGUGUCUUUGGGGUGUUUUUAUCCCUGUUUUUCAGAGGAUAGUUUGCCUCCUGCAUCUCCUUUUGCAUUCUCAUUCCUCAUUUCUUCAUUUUUCUUGUAAUGAAAUUCUUAUUAAUGUUUUUCAUGAUACUGUAAAAUAGCUGCUACAAAAAAACCAAAUGAAUAAGUAGAAUGUGGAGUCCUCUUAAAAGUAAUUAUUAGCCCUUACCAACCACAGAAGAUAGUAGCUCAUCCCAGUUCUCACCUGAGAUAUUUUCUCAUCCCAGCCUUUCAUCCUGGGAGACCAACAUUCCCCUAUCUCUCAUCCAGAGUCCCACCUAUUUCCUGUUCUGUUUCCAUUUCCUGAUGUAUUUUUGAUAGUAUCUCCAUUUUUCCCCAGUCUUUUUCCAGAGAGUAGCAUAAAUUUAGUAGCAUCAUUCUCUGAAUUUGCUCCAAAUUGUAUGCAAAAUACUUUUUAUCUGCUAGAACUGAAGAAAGGCCAGGAUUGAAGUUUUCCCAAAGCUUUAUAUCCUCUCAGCUCCAUUGAUGCCAUAUCCAUUUAAUUUCCCAUCUCUCCAUUUGUGAUUUUCUCCUACAAAUCCUUGUAUGCAAGGCAUUUCCAUUUCAGCACCUGCUUUUUUCAAUUUAGCUACUUCAUCAUCCAGUCCUGUCAGCUUUUCAUCUAUUCAGUAUGAAGCAUUGAAGUAUUAUUCAUUUCCAUUUCAUAUUUCUCAGAUUCAUUUUCUUUCCCCCUUUCAUCAUACACCGAUCUGAUCAUUUUUAAUUGUUCAGCCAUCAACUGUUGAACAAUACCAACGGCCACUGGGAGAUCCAAAGGUACAUUUGCCAUAUUGGGUGCUUUUGAUGUUUUGAAUAUUAUUAGCAACUCAGUCUACUUUAAUAUUUCCACGUUAAGAUCACAGCCAGCAUAUCCUUUCUCACAAUAAAUUCUUUCUAUGGCUGGAAUAAUGGAGUAAUUGCUGGUUUACUUUCAGUUAUUUCAGCUCUUUAGUGGCAAGCAAAAGAAAAAGUGUUAAUGAUUCUUCACACAUGGUAUUCCUUCAUCCGUUUAAUCUUUAUUGCCAACCAUAAAUCAGACAUGUCACUCUUCCUUAGACACUUUAAUGUCCACUUUUCCUUUCUGUUCUUCUUAAUGACAGAAUGCAGUACUUACAAAUUUUUAGAUUGUAAAUUUUCACCAGAAGAUGGAAGGGUAUCUCUAAGUUACCUUGUCCCUGAAGUGUUUAAGAAAGUGGGGCUGUGACUUUUCUACCUAUGAAAGGUACUUACGUGGCAUUUGGGCAUAGUGUCAACUCCCUAGCUUGCUAGCUUGUUCUCACUCCCGUCCAAGCCGCCAAGUGAAGACAGCAUAAAAUGGCUUCAUCCAAAGCAUUUGAGGUUGCUCCCAUAAUCACCCUUAUAUUCCAGAGUGAUUAAUAUUCAGACCAUCUGUCUGUCUGUUAUCAAUCACCACAUAAUUAUAUUCUGUUUGCGGCAUGCUUCUAGAGAGACAGCUGAACCACCAAUUCCUCUCCCCGGAAGUCCUCCUUCCUUGUUCUUUUGAGAUUUUGCUCAAGCAUCUAUGCUGCUGAGAUGGUCUCUUUUGUAUAACCUCUCCCUCUGUUUCCUUCUUGGCUUCAGUUCUCACCAGCUGCGACAGCAAAGGCAGCAGAGGGAGCCUGGCUUGCUUGCUGGAUAAUGACAGCAGUCUGAUGGAGAACGUGUGGUCUUUUGCAGGCAUCGACAGGUAUGGGGAGGUCUCCCCUUGUGUGCCCUCUGACAGGAGGCCUCCAAGGAUGCUUGCAAAUUGGGGAAUGGAAGUAAACUGCACAGCACAGGUGGUUGACCACAAGAAGGAAACUAAGAUUUCCCAUAUAAAUUCAUGGUUGCUGGUGGCAAAUUGGUAAGAACGUGAUAGAAGCCCUGCAGCUAGAAGAGACCAAUGGCCUGUCUGGUCCAGCAUCCUGUUCUCAUACGGCGCAAUCCCAGUGGGAAGCCUAUGAGCAGGACCCGAGCACAACAGCAGUGCUGUCCCCACUUGUGAUUCCCAGCAAAAGGCAUACUGCCAUCAUGGCUAGUAGCCACUGACACUGCUUGCUGUUGAAUAACCCAAGAAAGGUAGCCAAACAUUUCCCACACUUGAGGUGUGAACUUAAUCAUGAUUACUCUGAAGUAAGCCCCACUGUUUCCAGUGCAGCUUACUCCAAGGGAAGGGCGCAUUGGAUGGUAGACUUUAUUCCCAGACGUGGAAGGGCUGGAGCAGGGAGAGGGUUUCUGCUCCAGAUAGAGAAACCUGGUUCCGUGGGCUGCUUUCCUCCUGCUCAGAGGUCCCUUCUUCCACACUCCCUUCUGGUUUUCAGGGAUGCCGGGAUGGCGCUGCUCAGGAAUGAUGUAAUUGGAGCCUUCCUCCUCUGGGCUGAGCCAGGGGCCACUGAUCAGUGGUGUCUUACAGUGAGGACAAGAUGUGGAAUCAUCCCUUACCAGAUUUACAGGAGCCAGCUUGGGAAGUAUUCUGUGGAGGUGAGAACUUGAGGAAAAUGACAUGCCAGCUCUGCCUGAUUCUGCCUGAUUCUGUCUGAUUCAGUUGUUGCAAGCACAUUUGGACAGGUUUUUUUAAAACUCCUGUCAUACAACAUUGCCAAUAUAUUGGACCACUUUGGUGCACGAGAUAAGCGAGUUUCCAGGAGCCAGAAGGAAUGGUAACUAGUUGGAUUUGUAUCAAUUGGUUAAAAGAUUAAAAUGUUAAAACAUUAACUGAAAUAUUGAAAACAAUAAAAAUUCUAUUAGCACUCACCAACAUUUCUGAGCUCCUUUGGGGGCCUUUCUGGCCAAAAGCAGUCCAGAAACAAAGUAUGAAAAUAGUAAUAGAAACAUUACACAGCUCUUCCUGUCCCCAAAGCCUCGCCUCUAAGCCCAAUCCAGUACAUUUUUUCCCCUUUAAAUAAAUCUUUCCCUUACCUCUCAAUAAUAGCUCCUGCAUUGAUUUGUGUUGAAAUUCCACAAGGGACUGUACACCUUCGCAAAUUAGAUUGUGUGGGAACAUUAUGUGACAUCACAGAAGCUUGUCCAAUGAGGGGUGGUUUGUGGGCAACAGCCAGUUUUCGAUCUCUUAUCAUUUCUUUCCUUUUCUCUUUGUUCUCAUAGCAUUUGAAUGUGGAGUUCCCCAGUAUGGAAGCUCUGUUGGAUCACUACUCUGGAAUCCAAGGAGGCCUCUUCUGCUCUCUGGCUGCAGGCCGGAUCAACCACUGUUACGAGGAGCAAGACUGCGCAGUGGAGGAUCCCUGGAAGGAAGAUAGAAGCCGCCGGCAGGCAUCUUGGCUACAUGGCACUAGUAAAUCUCUGGCUGUCCCACAGGAACUGGGAUGAGGAGUCUGGGCUUAGCUUUCCUGCCAUCCACAUGCUAACUGUGCUAACUCUUUUUGUGGUGUUCAAGCUAUGUGGCACUUUUGCACUUGGGCUAGCUUUCUCAUACUGAUAUGGUAGGGAUUAGGCUUGAUGGCAUUGAUCCAAUCCUUCCCUCUUGCCCCCUAGUAGAACGGCAAACUAGUCUUAACUUUUCUAGCCAAAGGGUCCCAUGGCGCUGACGCCCCUGGUCAUUCAGAGAUAGAUUUUUCAUCAGCGGCUGAAAUCCUGCACAUGCUUUCCAGUAGAAUUGCCAUAUUUUUAAAAAGUAAAAUUUCUGACACCUGCAAAGUUGUUGAGCUUUUCUAAGGAAACCACCACCAAUUUGGGAACAAACCCAAAUUGUUUAGCUUUUUUGGGAAAACCAAUAGUUAUUUUAAGCUUUUUGAGCUUUUUCUAUCACGUUGCCAUACAUCCAUGUUCUCCCAGACAUUUUGGCUGUUUGGCAGAAUUCCCCCCUGACAACAUUUUUACACCAAAAACCAGGACAUGGCAGGAAUUUUCCUGAUGUGUGGCAAGCCUACUUUCCAAGCACAAAAGCCCCAUUGGUCUUGGAGUUACUACUGACUAGAAGUACCCUAGAGUUGCACUUUUUGUCUCAAUACUGCAUCACAGAAUCGUAGAGUUGGAAGGCACCCCAAGGCUCAUCUAGUCCAACCCAAUGCAAUGCUGGAAUCUCAACUGUGAAUUCAUUUAAAGUAGCUAGGUGUUCCCUCACCACCUAUUUUCCUAUCUUGGGCUGCAGCUCAGACAAUAAAUGCUCCUUCAAUUAGAACAUUGGUUUUCCAGAUUCUUGCCACUUAUCUUAAAAACAAAACAAAUUAACUGAGCAUUUGAGAGGUCAGAGAUAACUCCAGGUUUAAUCUAAACAAAAUUCUGCAAGUGGUUUUCAGCUCUUGCAGGUCAGUUAAGUCAACACCCUCUUUUCCACUUAAUGCUGCUUGUUUAUGUUCCUUGGGUUGUGUCCAAUGUUGGUCCUACUCAAAGUUAAUGUACAUAAUUUAAAUGGGUCUACUCUCAGUAGAAUUUAGUUGGUUACAAUCCCUUGUUUUCCUUAUGGGGGUUUAUGUACCUGCUCCUGCCAGAAUAUUUUGAAAGAAAUAUUUUUUUUGGGGGGGAAAUAUUUGUGAGCAUGCCAAU